AACCAUUAAAUCUCGCUGCUUUUAUUAAGUUGUCAAAUGGAAGAAGUUUAAGUGAGGACGACAACACGAAUAUUUAAUAUUUAAUUUGACCAGUUUGUAUCAUCAACGUGACCAGUUUAGUUGAUCCCACGAUGGUCAAGUGUGGAGGGAGCGUAGUAAAUAUUUUAUUAGUUCUUGUAGCAUCUGCAUUGGGACAAUUAGAGGAAGGCGACCAAUGUGGCAGAAACGGAGUUUGCGAAUUCAUAACUCACUGUCCCCAAGCUAUGGCUGAUCUUAAAAAGGGUAUAUUUCCCACAAAUAUAUGCGGCUAUCAAGGCACUAAAUCGAUAAUAUGCUGCGAAAAUAACACCCCACGUCCUAUUGUAACAGAAAGAACGCCUACACCGCAUAUUACAAGAAGUACAAGUCCUCCAACCACAACUACUGUACGCCAGAGACCCAAUUUAUCGAACGCCAAAGCACCAGGUGACAAAGCGAAGGAAAUGUGCAAAGAAUACGCGCAAUUCGCCUACGAAAAAAUACCUUCGCAAACUUUAAACCUAGACACAACUUUUUCUAGUGAAUUAAUAUGUCCCAUAAAAACGGUACCACUUAUAGUUGACGGUACUCAAGCAUCGGAAAGAGAGUUUCCUCAUAUGAUACAUUUAGGAUACUUGAGUGGCACAGAAACGGAGUGGGCUUGCGGUGGAACACUCAUUAGCACAAAAUUCAUCCUCACAGCAGCCCAUUGCGUACACGGCCACGCAUUAGGCGACGUUAAAUUGGCACGAGGGGGAUUUACCAAUCAAACCGAAACCAAACACGUGCAAGUGAGAAACGUUAUCCAACGGAUCAAUCAUCCGUCGUACAACUACCAGAAAUACAACGACAUUGCUCUGUUAAGGGUGGAUCGUUCGUUCGAUUUGAACACAUACCUGCGACCCGCUUGUUUGUACACUCAACAUUACAUACCGUACAGAACCUCGAUAGCUUCGGGAUGGGGAAACACCCAGUACGGUCUUGAAGGAGGUAGCAAGGAGUUGUUGAAAGUUACAUUAGAAUUUUUCACGACAGCCGAAUGCAAUAACACCUACAGACGUUCGAUCAACAAAGCUGAUUCCGAUUUGUACAUGGGAAUCGAUGAAGGGUCGAUGAUUUGCGCCGGGUCUAGGGUAAAUAAGUCGGACACUUGUAAUGGAGAUUCCGGCGGUCCGCUAGUGUUGGUCCAUCCCGAUGCGCCAGAUAUUAAAUGUAUGUACGACGUUAUUGGUAUAACUUCCUUCGGAUAUUAUUGCGGAUUGGCAAAGAACCUUCCAUCGGUGUACACGAGAGUUUCGAAUUAUGUGGCAUGGAUAGAGCAAAAUGUAUGGCCUAAUUAAAAUUCUUCUGACAUAUAAUGUGGACAUAUAAUAUGUGAUAUUUACUUAAAAAUUGCGUUUGAACGAAUUUUAAUGUUAUAAUAAAUAUUAACGCAUUUAUACUUAUACAAUUUUUGUUUUAAAACACUAAAU